GAAGGCUGAAGACUCUGAAAUAGCAGGGGGGGAAAAAGAGUCACCUUUGAAAGACAAUCUUUCACCAUGGGAAGAAUGGUUCAUUAGCAAAGAGAAGGAACUACGUGCCCGCUUACAAGCUAGAGCUGCAGAGGAAAGAAGGGAAAGGGAACGAAAGCUGAGCAAAGAAAUGGCAGAAAAAGCCACAAAGGAACUAGAAAAAAUGCAGUUACAAGAAAAGGCUGAAGUAAAGUAUAAAGAAUGGUUAAAGAAGAAGCGAGCUGAAGAGGCAGAAAAGAAGAAAAAAGAGAAGGAAAAACAAAAAGAAAGGGAAGCUGAACUACAGGAGAAGAAAGAGAGAUCAGAGAAGAUCUUUAAGGAAUGGCUACAUAAUGCAAGAAAUAAACCACGCCCUGUUUUAAACGGUUAUGGCUUCGCACAUGGGAAGUCUACAGGGCGUGCUGAUGGAAAUUCGUAUCCAGCUCCAGCAUAUUGUAACCCUAUUCCUUGGAAACCUGUACAUGUGCCUCCUCAAAAGGAAGACUGUGUUCUUACCACGAAGAAGAGUAAGAGACCUGUAUCUUGUCAGUCACAUGCCUCUUUGCCUAUAGGAGACUUGAACCACCAUGAAAUCUGCUGGAAGGGCAACACAGCAGGGCACAAGCAGUCAAGGGGGUUUCUGGAGAGGAUUGUUGACUUCCUGAAGUUCCUGACACAGCUGGUAGAGGAGCUGACAGUGGGAAGCUCUUUGCUGGACCUGAUACGUACAAACAAGGGAGAACUGGUCGGGGACGUGAAGGCUGGGGGCAGCUUUGCCUGCAAUGGCCAUGGGAUGGUGGAGUUCAGGAUCCUGAGAGGAGGGAAAAAAAAGCAAGAUCACAACACUGAACUUCAGGAGAGCAGGUUUUGUCCUGUUCAGGAACUUGCUUGGAAAAAUCCCAUGGAAAAUAUGGUCAUGGAGAGAAGAGGGUCAUGGAGAGCUGGUGAUUUUCAAGGAUUGCUUCCUCCGAGCUCAAGGAUGCUCCAUCCCAAUGAGCAGAAGCAGGAGUGGCAGGAAGCAUGUGUACAUGAACAAGGAACCCCUAAAACUAAAUAUAACAAGGAGGCAUACAAGAGGGGGAAGCAGGAACAGGCGACCCUGGUGGAAUAUAGAACCACUGUCCAAAUGUGCAGGGAUGGGAUUAGGAAAGCCAAAGCCUUUCUGGAGUUGAAGCUAGCAAGUCCGCUGAUUGACCUCAGCAGUCACGGGGCCCAGAGUCCAGUGGGGGAAUCUGGAGCAAGGAAGACAACCUUGAUGGAGGAGGAUCACUUUAGGGAAUAUCUAAAUAAAAUGGACGUACCUGUUUCUAUGGGAUCUGAUAGG